ACUUCCUGUUAUGGCGCCGAUUGGACCACACUCAGGAGUGUGGGCGUGGCGCCAGGGUUCGGAGUCGCCAAGUUUGGGGCUGGACCGUUGAACCAUGGCUGCGAUCAAAAUCGCCAACCCUGGCGCUGAAGUGACCCGGAGCCAAGCGGCCUUAGCUGUGAACAUCUGUGCCGCCCGUGGCCUGCAGGAUGUGCUGCGUCCCACCUUGGGUCCUAAGGGCUCGCUAAAAAUGUGAGAUGCCGCUAGGGUGUGCGGGGUGUCGCGGCUCCCUCUGAUGCUGAUCAGUGAAAACCUGCUCGUUUCUGGGGCAGGUGACAUUAAACUCACCAAAGAUGGCAAUGUACUGCUUCAUGAGAUGCAAAUUCAACACCCAACGGCUUCCAUCAUAGCAAAAGUGGCGGCAGCCCAAGACCAUGUCACAGGGGAUGGCACUACCUCAAACGUCCUGAUCAUUGGAGAGUUGCUAAAGCAAGCUGAUCUUUACAUUUCUGAGGGCCUGCACCCUAGAAUCAUAGCUGAAGGAUUUGAUGUUGCAAAGACGAAAGCACUUGAAGUUUUGGAUGAAAUUAAAGUACAAAAGGAGAUGAAAAGAGAAAUCCUCUUGGAUGUGGCUAGAACAUCCCUGCAGACAAAAGUUCAUACUGAACUGGCCGACAUACUAACAGAGGCUGUGGUGGAUUCUGUCUUGGCUAUCAGAAGGCCAGGUAUCCCUAUUGAUCUCUUCAUGGUGGAAAUCGUGGAGAUGAGGCACAAGUCAGAAACAGACACACAGUUGAUCCGAGGAUUGGUUUUGGACCACGGUGCCCGUCAUCCAAGGAUGAGGAAGCAGGUGCAAGAUGCGUACAUCCUCACUUGCAAUGUGUCACUAGAGUAUGAAAAAACAGAAGUGAGCUCUGGUUUCUUUUAUAAGACUGUAGAAGAGAAAGAGAAAUUGGUAAAAGCUGAAAGAAAAUUUAUUGAAGAUAGAGUGCAGAAAAUAAUAGACCUAAAGCAGAAAGUCUGUGCUGAGUCCAAUAAAGGAUUUGUUGUCAUUAAUCAAAAGGGCAUCGAUCCGGUUUCCUUAGAAAUGCUUGCAAAACAUAACAUCGUAGCUCUUCGCAGGGCAAAAAGAAGGAAUCUUGAAAGGCUCACCCUUGCUUGCGGAGGAUUGGCUGUCAACUCCUUUGAAGGCCUGAGUGAAGAGUGCCUGGGGCACGCUGGCCUUGUCUUCGAGUACGCAUUGGGUGAAGAAAAGUUCACUUUCAUUGAGGACUGUGUAAAUCCUCUCUCUGUCACCUUAUUAGUCAAAGGACCAAAUAAGCAUACUCUCAUACAGAUCAAGGAUGCCUUAAGAGAUGGACUUCGUGCGGUCAAAAAUGCUAUUGAAGAUGGCUGUGUGGUUCCAGGGGCUGGGGCAGUGGAAGUUGCGAUCGCAGAAGCUCUUGUUAACUACAAGCACCGUGUGCAGGGAAGAGUCCGCCUGGGGAUCCAAGCCUUUGCUGAUGCCUUACUCAUCAUCCCGAAGGUUCUUGCUCAGAAUUCUGGUUAUGACCUGCAGGAAACACUGAUAAAAAUUCAGACUAAACAUGCCGAAUCAAAAGAACUCCUGGGCAUAGACCUGAACACAGGGGAGCCGAUAGCAGCAGCAGAAGCAGGAAUCUGGGAUAAUUACUGUGUGAAAAAACAUCUUCUUCACUCUUGCACUGUGAUUGCCACCAACAUCCUCCUGGUUGAUGAAAUUAUGCGAGCUGGGAUGUCUUCUCUUAGAGACUGAUUGAAUUCAAAAUCAAUUCAUCUGGAAGACAAGAUUUCAUACGUGUCAUACCCAGCAGUGUCACAUGGCCUUAACUGUUAGAAAAUAAAGGUAGUGCAUGUCUUUUGGUCUCAA